AAAGCGGGGAAAGGAUCAAGUCAGACAGUCACACACACAACUACUCCAGUGAAUGCUAUUGCUGGUCAGAGUUAUUGACUAGUGGGACUGAGAGAGAGGAGGGGAGAAAGAGAGAGGGGCAGAGUGUGUGUGUGUGUGAGAGAGAGAGAGAGAGAGGGAAAAAAAAAGUUUGGAAAUUGUCCUCUGCCCUCCCUCUCGGCGAACUGAGCAGAGAGGAAAGUCUUUUUUUUUAUUCCCGCGUGUAUCUUGUCUAAGGAGUCACGGCGCAGGCAGACACGCCGGCAGCGGUCCCAACUCGUCAAAGUCCGACACUGAAUUGAAUCCUUAAAAACGCACACACACACACAGAGAACAGGCGCUGAUUUCUUCGCUGUUACUUAAAACCGUUUUGGGAGCUUUACUUUUGACGUGUGGAAUUUUGUUUUUUGGCAGUCUGCUUUUGCUGAUAACGGUUUCAGUAGUUUCUUGUUUUGUUUUUAAAAAAACAUCUUCUGUAUGUGAGGUUAUUUCGUUUUUUUCUUUAACGUAGUUGUUUCUUGAGUGUUUGAAGACUCGCAGCCAAGCACACGGAUCAGAUUUCACACCAAAAUCUUCACUGCUAACCAGAUGAUAGCAAAUACACCUCGAUAAGGUGAAGAAGGCAGAGCUUCCUUAUUGAACGAGAGGUUCCGUUUACUGAACUAUGACCAGCUACCAUGGCAGCCCAAGCACAGACCACUGCCUCUGAAAAGAAGGAAGGCAAGAGCUCCAUCAUUGAAGGGGAUGUCUUCACAGAGACCAACAAAAAGUCGUCAGCCUCUGCAGCAUCACGAGAAAUCGAAAGCCCCUGGCCUGACUAUAUAAGGGAGCGCAGGAAUGCAAUCUCGAUGCGGCCCCACGGGACAGGGCAGUCCUAUUGCAAGAUAAAUGAAGAUCCGUGCAGCUCCAGUGAAGACACUAGCUCUUCCUCAAAAAUCAAGAACUCUCUGGGCUCACUGCCGCAUUUAACCGAGCCGCAAACUCCCUACCGGGCAGUCUGUUUGUCAGUGGACCCCCGAAAUGGCUACAUGGACCAACGCUAUUCCUCGCACCACAUCUUCCCGGCGUUCCACACGCCGAUACCCAUCGACAUGCGGCACCACGAGGGAAGGUACCAUUACGAGCCGCACUCUAUCCACGCCAUUCACGGGCCCCCCGCCUUGGCCGGAAGCCCCGUCUUCUCGGACAUCUCCCUCAUCCGGCUGUCUCCUCACCGGAACCCAGCAGGGACAGGGGAGUCCCCCUUCAGUCCGCCCCAUCCGUACGUCAACCCACACCACAUGGAGCAUUACCUGAGGACCAUGCACGGUAGCCCCACGCUGUCCAUGAUCUCUGCUGCAAGAGGCCUGAGCCCAGCCGACGUUCCUCAUGAGCACUUGAAGGACAGAGGUCUGUUCGGCCUGCCUCCUCCUCCGCCAGGAGCUAAUCCAGCUGAGUACUACCAUCAAAUGACUCUCAUGGCAACUCAUCGAAGCCCAUAUGGUGACAUCCUCAUGCAGACUAGUGGAGCAGGAGGUCCGGCACACAUCACUGAAUACAUCAACCCCGUGGACAUGUCGAGGUUCUCCAGCCCUCGUCCAGCCCCAAGAAUGAGCAGGAAGAGGGCCCUGUCCAUCUCGCCGCUCUCUGAUGCCAGCAUUGACCUCCAGACGAUGAUCAGGACAUCCCCGAACUCGCUGGUGGCUUACAUCAACAACUCCCGGAGUAGUUCGGCAGCAAGUGGGUCGUACGGGCAUCUGUCGGCGGGUGCAAUCAGCCCAGCAUUCAGCUUCCCCCAUCCUAUCAACCCGGUGACCAUCCAGAUGCAUCAACAGAUACUGAACCAGCAGCACAGCCUCAACUCUGCAUUUGGCCACACUGCACCCCUCAUACAACCAUCUCCAGCCUUUCUUCCACGGCAGCACAUGUCCAGCACCUCUGCAAUGUUGCCACCCACCCAGGCCAACAAUGCCUCUUCCGAAGUUUCUCAGAGCAAGUUGAGUGGCGAGUCUGCUGUGAGCAGCACUGUGGAUCCAUUGAUUAAUAAACGCACCAAAGUUAAAACAGAGGUGGAGGGACCACGGACUGUCUCGCCCAUCACUGAGGAUCGUCUAGCAGGGCUGACCGAGGUGAAGGACGACUUGGAUAAGGACGAUUGCAAACAGGAGCCAGAAGUCAUUUACGAGACGGUGUGUCACUGGGAAGGCUGCAGCAAGGAGUACGACACUCAGGAGCAACUGGUGCACCAUAUUAACAACGAACACAUCCACGGGGAGAAGAAGGAGUUUGUUUGCCGAUGGCGGGACUGCUCUCGUGAACAGAAGCCGUUCAAAGCACAGUACAUGCUGGUUGUGCACAUGAGGCGACACACAGGGGAGAAACCGCACAAGUGCACUUUUGAGGGUUGCAACAAAGCUUACUCACGACUCGAGAACUUGAAGACUCAUCUUCGGUCGCACACUGGAGAGAAGCCGUACGUCUGUGAGCACGAAGGCUGCAACAAAGCGUUCUCCAACGCAUCAGACCGAGCCAAACAUCAGAAUCGGACUCAUUCCAACGAGAAACCUUAUGUUUGUAAAAUUCCUGGAUGCACCAAGAGGUACACAGACCCGAGCUCACUCCGGAAACACGUGAAGACCGUGCACGGGCCAGACGCCCACGUGACGAAAAAGCACCGCAACGACGUGCAUCCGAGGCCGCCACCAGCCAAAGAGCCCGGAGACCACGAUGUGGCCUUCGGCCACGGUAACAGGGUGUCUGGGGAAAAGGCAGAAGCCAACAGCACCAGUGGAGGCUUGGAGGACAACCUGCAAAUGAAAACCAUCAAGACCGAAAACUCUGUGAUGUAUCAGUCCAGUCCUGGUGGCCAAUCUUCAUGCAGCAGUGAGCCAUCGCCACUUGGCAGCACCAACAACAAUGACAGUGGAGUAGAAAUGAACAUCAACAGUGGAGGUAGCCUGGGAGAUUUGACCGCAUUAGAUGAUUCCCCAAUUGUGGACUCCACCGUUUCCUCCGGAACUUCAGCAAUCGGCCUUCAGAUGAGAAAGCACAUGACAGCCUCCCAAAGACUUGAGCAACUAAAGAAAGAAAAAUUGAAGCAGGUCAGAGAUAUUCCUUCAUGGGCAAACCCAGUGCCAUCAGUCAAAAUCACCAAGCUUCCUCUCAUCCCCUUGAAUGGAACUUCACUGGAGAAUUCAGGUACUGGUGGUUCUACUGUUGUCUUGCCUAACCCCAGAAUAAUGGAACUGUCCAACAGUGAUAUCACAGUGCUGAAUCAGCUGAACGAUCGCCGGGACAGCACCACCAGCACCAACAGUUCAGCGUACACGUUGAGCCGAAGAUCGUCUGGCAUCUCCCCUUACUUUUCCAGUCGGCGAUCCAGCGAGGCUUCUCACAUUGGGGGUCGGCUGAAUAACAUCAGCUCUGCUGACUCUUACGACCCUAUCUCCACUGAUUUGUCGCGGAGGUCCAGCGAGGUCAGUUACUGCGGAGGCUUGCUCAAUCUCACGCCGGUCGAGCAGUACCGGCUGAAGGCUAAGUAUGCCGCCGCGACCGGUGGACCUCCGCCAACGCCGCUGCCCAACAUGGACCGAAUGAAGGCCAGAGCAUCUCUCCUGGGCGAGGGCCUCAAUUCGAUGUUCUCCCCCUUCCCUCCCCCCGCUUCCCAGAGGCGAUGCAGUGACGGCGUCCCGCGCGGAUACGGGCCCAUGGCGCUGCGACCCCACGAAGUGGGCGGCAACGGCGCCCGGCGAGCGAGCGAUCCAGUGAGGAGGACGGCGGCCAUGGAGCCGAUGUCCCUCCCAAGGGUUCAGCGCUUCAACAGCAUGAACAGCAUGAACCCGCUACCGUUGCCGCCGGCCAUGGACAGGCGGCACUUCGGCCUUCAGAACGGCGCCCGCUCCGACGGGAGCCUCCACCGGUGCGCCUACUCCCCACGGCCGCCGAGCAUCAGCGAGAACAUUGCCAUGGAGACGGUGGGGGCGGACAUUGAGACCCAGGCCGUCGACGAUGACCUCAUGCUCCCCGAUGAUGUGGUGCAGUACAUCAACUCUCAGGAAAAUCGGCUGGCCCAGGAUAGCAACGUACUAGGCUUUGCCGGCCAAAUGCAGGGUUUCCAGGACAACGUGAGCAUGCAGAGUCAGAAUGUGUACGCCCAGCGAGCGAUGGCAAUGGUGGACGGCAACAUGAACCAGUCCGCUUCGAUGAUGGCCCCGUGCCAGAUGAGUCCGGGAAGUCAACCGUGUCAGGGGUCAACUAACAUGAAUAAGAACAGCAUGCCAGUUCAAUGGAAUGAAGUUAGCUCAGGUACCGUUGAUAUCAUCCCCGACCAGUCCAAGCAGCAGCAGUUCCCGCGAUCAAACUUGGCCGUGGUUCAGCAAAAGCAGAUGUUCGACCAAUACCAGAAUCUCAACCCUGCUCAAGCCACCGUGACAAUGAACCAGAAUGAAAUGACUCUGGUGCAGCAGGGUUUAUUGCAGAGGAGCGUUGGCAUGAAUGGACAAAAAGUGAACUAUAUGCAGCAGCCUCAGCAGAUGAGCUUGUGUCAGAAUGCUAAUCUGCCUCUCAGCCCACCGCAAGCCUACAACCAGCCUAGCCAAGUGCUUAGUCCCAACAUGGCAAGCAGGACCCUGGGCCAAACAUCGUGCAGCAAUAUGACUGUGAACAAUAUGAUGGGUUCACCUGCGCAACCUGGUACUCAAGACUUUAAGCAGGUAGCAAUGAAUCAAACCAAGGACCAAGCCCUCAAAAGCUACAUUGCAGCUGAGCAGGUCCAUGCACCAAUUCAUCAGCAGAUGGCACCAGCAAAUGAGGUAUCUAUGGCGAUGAGUGGGUGCCAUGGGAGAAGAGAAGUAGGCCAGGGUAUGCAUCUUGCAGGCCAGCAGAAUUAUGUCCAGGCUGGCCGAGCUCCCGACUGUGCCACCUUUGCGGCUCAUGGCGUCUUAAGCCAAGCUAAUUCCCACGUCAGCCCGAGUCAGCAGAACUUCAGCCAACAGGGACAGAAUGUCAUGAAUUCUGUUGGGCACAACUUAAGCCGUGGAAUGAUGCAGCCCCAUCCAGCGCAGAGGCCAAAUCCAUCAGCCAGACCGCAUGGUUUGAUUAAUUCUUUGAACAUGCAACCACAGGGUUAUUUGCAAAGACCACUUCAAAUGAAUGGGAUGGGCCCCAGUCGUGGGCACUCUGAAGUAAGCCAAAGGCAACCUAAUAACAAUCAACUGCCCAUGCAGUCACAGCAGUGUAAUAAUGAUGGUCCAAACAGCAACCUGAUGUUUUAUUCUGGUCAAAUCCACAUGUACGAACAAAAUGGCAACUUCAGUGGACAAAUGGACUGCGCUGUUCAGCAGCAACAGCACAUGUCAAAUGUCAAAGCUGCAACCAUGUCUUCACCGGGCACCAACCAGGUAUCAAGUACUGUAAACUCUCAUAGUCUAGACCAAGCGCAGAUAGAUUUUGAUGCUAUUAUGGAUGAUGGUGACCAUUCCAGCCUGAUGUCGGGUGCCCUCAGCCCCGGCCUUCUGCAGAACCUCUCCCACAAUUCCUCCCGUCUCACCACCCCCCGGAAUUCUCUGACUCUGCAGCCCAUUCCAGCCGGAUUGACUAAUAUGGCAAUAGGAGACAUGAGCUCUAUGUUGACUACUUUGGCCGAGGAAAAUAAAUUUCUUAAUAUGAUGUCUUAAGCGUUCAAGAACAGGAAUGAACAUUGUGGAAUUUCCAAAUCCAGUCAACUUCAAAGCAAAAAUGUCUACAACAGAUUCUUUUGAAACAUUAACAUUCCUAAGGAAAGCAAUGUUUUUUUUAAAUAGACUUUGUAUUUUAAUGUAUAAAUAAAAACCUUUAUUCUGCAAUGUACGUUCUGCAAGGGAAUCUGGACAUUUUACAAAGGCUUAUAUAUUUGUGAAUAGGGAUUUUCUGCUGUGAUUUGAUGAGAUAGCCAAUCCACUGAUAUGUUACAUCAAGAGAUGUGUUAUUUGAACUGGGAUUCUUGGCUUGUUUUAAUUUUGUGGUAAAGCACUGAUAAUGUACACUAGACCAAACAGACAAGGGCACAAACCAAAAUUGCCCAUUUCUUUCCUGUAAAUAGUAGAUGUGUGCUUCCUUGUAUUUCAUUAAUGUGAACACUUAAAGCGUGCCAUCAGAUUGAUUCAGCGUCACUGAAAAUUGUUCCAGGUCGGCUGAGGUAAAGAACAAUAGGUACAUUGACAAGUGCCAUCAAAGCCAUAUUGUAUACCACUUCCUUCUCAGAGAUUAGCUCUUAAUAUUCUGCAUUGGGCCAAAGUGUCAUUAUAAAAUCCCAGACUGAAUAGUUUGUGAAACCUGAUCGUUGUAAAUGAUACAGCAUCGAAGAGCUAAGAAUGCCCAUAUUAUAGCAUCAAGAAGUGCCUUACUAUGUCAUGUUAUUUUUGAAUAGUGAAGGCAUCCUUUCAGUUUCAGCCAUUUUGGGAACAUUUUCCAGCAAUUUGCUUGUAAUAUGGCAGUGCUAUUGGUCCAAUAGUAGUUAACAUGCAGUGGUUUAAUGAAAAUAGUUUCUUUAUGUGUGAGGAUUAUUGUGAAAGAUAUGCAACGUCUUUUCAAUAUAUAUGAACGGAAAUGUGUUCUUUGUCGUGCGUUCUUAGUGCAUAAAGCAUCUCAUGUAAAGAAAUUUCAAACAUUGGACAACUAUUCCAGUCUGUAAAUACACGUUAAAACUGUGUUUUGAAUAAGAGCGCCAAGCUAUUUUUGAUCAACAUUAUAGCCAGGACAUUCCCUGUAACCAAUUGCUUUCAAAACAUGGAAUAGAUCCAGCGAUCAAAAUGUAUAUACACUUUUUGUACAAUAACAAACUUUUCUUUAAUAAAAACAAUGUUGAAUGUACACC